CAAAUAUACUAAUCCAGUUUCAGAAGAAAGUGCAGAUAGUAAGACAAAAAAGAGUAAAGGAAAGAAACGGUCCCAAGGGGAUCAUACCAAGUCCACUAGCACCUCUAAAGCAACUAUUACUCAGAAUCAACCAAUGCCUGGAACAAAAAAAAUUAUUUCGUCUACCGAAUCCUCCGAAGAUGUCUUGGAUUUAUAUAAGAGAACUAGUUCUGAAAUAGAGAAAAUUAGAGCAUCUGGACGUGCUCUUAUUUCUAAAUAA